GCUCCACGAGGCAAACAAUACAGGAAGAGAUCACUUGAAAAAAAUCCAUAGUGAAAAACUCCAGCACUUCCAGAGUGGAUAAAAAAAGUAUAGAAUUUAUUCAAUCUCCGUGGAGCCUUGGGAGCCGGAACUUCCUUUUCUCCUUCCUGAUUGCUUCACCUGAGGACUUGGCCUCAGAGACUAUCCGAAGCUCCCGCUGGUUCAGGUGUAUUGUGCUACUUUCCAUAUACCUUGGAGACGACUGGAUAUGUGGAGUGAGAGACAGGAUGGACCGUAUCCACGGAAAAGGAACAAGCGACCAGAUUUGUGAGUGAUCGUAUUUGUGUGCUUAAGAGGGCAAAUGCAAAGCAAAGAUCCUGAAUGAAAGAGCAGGCGCUGCGCACAAUGACAUCAAACAAAGUUCUCGCAGAGGGCUUUAAGACAAUCACAAGAGGUUUGACCGUUCCAUAACCAGCGAUCAUUGGAUAUAACCAGCAACACCUUUGGCAUCAAAAGGGUUAAGCAAACACCUCCCACUUAUAUGCAAAAUCAAGACACUCCUGGUGGGGUAGGAGAAAACUGCAAAGCCCUGGUGAUGAGAGGAAGAAACAAGUGGACUAAACUAUCUGUGCCACGGGGAGACACCUGUACGGACUGUUCAUUUUCCCCAUUCUUUUUUUGUUACUGGGAUUAAGCCCAAAUCAAGGAUAUUCAAGCAAGCAUGGGACACAAUCUGGAGACAGGACCUCCUAAAUAAAAAACAAUAAUGGAUACAAAUCAUGCGGCUUGUAGAAGAGAAAGAGCAAAGUGAAUGGGACAUGCAAGCAGAAGCUGUAUCAUACCCCUGGUUACCUGGAAUCCUCCAUAACUCUGUUGUCUGGCACAAAAUGCCAGAGUUAAAUUAUUCCUAUACUGUUCUUUUUCCUAAUAAUACCAAGACGGACACGGCACCUCCAAAGUGCUGGCUUGCCCUACUAACCCUUAUGGUCAUUGUGCCUACAAUUGGAGGCAACAUCCUUGUGAUCCUGGCAAUAUCUCUGGAGAAGAAACUACAGAAUGCUACUAACUACUUCCUUAUGUCCCUGGCAGUGGCAGAUCUGCUGGUUGGAAUAUUUGUGAUGCCAGUCGCACUACUCACCAUCUUGUUCAAACCUGUCUGGCCACUGCCGCAAUGCCUAUGUGCAAUCUGGUUAUUUCUGGAUAUCCUGUUUUCCACAGCAUCUAUUAUCCACCUUUGUGCCAUAUCCUUAGAUCGCUACAUUGCCAUCAAGAAACCCAUCCAAGCCAGUCAAUUCAACACCAGAGCCAAAACACUUAUUAAGAUUGCAGUGGUGUGGCUGAUAUCAGCAGGCAUCGCAGUUCCCAUACUGAUCCUCGGACUCCUAAACCCAGACAGUGUCCUUAACUCAAACAACACCUGUGUGGUUCGGACAGAGCACUUCAAGUACUUUAUUAUUUACGGCUCCAUGGCUGCAUUUUUUGUUCCCUUCGCAAUUAUGGUGGUCAUUUACUUCCUGACCAUACACUUACUGAAGAAAAAGGCAUAUCUUAUCAAGAACAAGCCUCCCCAGCGCCUGACCUGGUCUACAGUAUCAACGGUCUUCCAGAGGGACAUGGCCUCUGACUCCUCUCCAGAGAAAGUUGCCAUGCUAGAUAACCAAAGGAGAGAGCGGGUAAUGCAGAUAAACAGUGGGGAAAUGCCCAUUCGAAGGCUUUCCAGUGUAGGAAAGAAGUCUAUGCAGACCAUCACAAAUGAGCAAAGGGCUUCCAAAGUAUUGGGAAUAGUCUUUUUCCUCUUUGUGUUUAUGUGGUGUCCAUUUUUUAUUACCAACGUGGCUUCAGUUCUCUGUGAUCCAAGAAACUGUGAUCCCGAAAUAAUCAAAAUGUUAAUGGAGAUAUUUGUGUGGAUUGGGUAUGUGUCUUCUGGGGUAAACCCUUUAGUCUACACUCUAUUUAAUAAAACCUUCAGAGAUGCCUUUGGGCGUUACAUCACCUGCAAUUUUCGUGGAAUGAGGCCAGUUGGCCUCCUCCGAAACUGCUCUAGUCGGAUAUCAUUUCGGAACUCAAUGGCAGAAAAUUCAAAGCUGAUCAUGAAACAAGGUAUGAAAAAUGGGAUUAAUCCAGUAAUAUACCAGAGCCCACUGAGGCUGCGGAAUUCUCAGCUCGAGUCAUCUGCCAUCCUGCUCGACACCUUAUUACUCACUGAAAACGAAGCUGGAAAGACUGAGGAGCAAGUGAGCUACGUAUAAAGCCAAUAUACAAACUCAAUGCUUGACCUGAUAUCAAUUCAUUAUAUAUUUAUAUUGCUAAUUGCUAAGUAUGGAAGAAAAGGCUUCUCUGUACAUUGAGGUUGGACCUCACUUUCACAUAGCACUGAAAGUCUUAAUUUUAUGGCAGUGCCUGUGUGGACAUAUUUAUAUUAAAAACUCUUAAAAAGCAGCAGAAAAGGGUCACCUCAGCAGCCUUCGGAGUUGCUCUCAGCUGGCAUCGCUUGGAUUUACAUUGAACAGUACAGCAGCGAGUUACAAGUGGCAAUUGGUUGAAAUAAUAUUUUCAUAAAAGUACUCUGGAAAGCUGCGAGUUCAAUAACAUUCCAGUAUCGCUUUACACAAAACAUUUGGUUUUAGGAGGUCGUGCGAUUAAUCUUGCAGAACAUUAGCCACUACCUGUAAACUAUCUGACAAAGACAAUCUGCUGUAUUUUUUUUCCAUACAGUCUAGAAAUGUAUGAGAAGUUUCUCCUACGCGGUGAAAGAGGUGGUAGGCUUAACAUGACGGCAGUUGUAAAGCAUAAACAACUAUAAAACCACAACUUGCGUCUCUGCAAUAAAAUUGAGCGUGACUUUAAACAGGGUAAACAGUCUUUAAAGUAUUCAUGUUACAUGCAGAUGAUGUCUCGAGAACAUAACAGUGGCUAUGAGAAAACAAUAUGUUCUUGCUCGGUGCACGGUCACUUUUCUCAGGCCCCGCCUGUUCAGAUUGUAAGGGUUGCUGUUAGUUUGGGAAGACUAACAAGACAAUAAACUGGU